AUGAGAAGCGGUCUAAGCGCUUGGAUUGGUCAGUUUGCUUGUCUCUCCCAGCUGCAACGACGGCGACCAGCAGGGAUGGCUUCCGAAAUGGAACAAAUGAACUAUCAGUCCAGGAUGCAUGCAUUCGAAGAGAUCCUGGACUCAUCGUCGGCACUUCGUGUCGUUGACGUCCUUCAACUUCGGGCUCUAUCACUACAGGGAAUACCCGAGCAUCCGGUCUGGAUGAGAUCAAGGAUAUGGCGUCUGCUCUUGGGCGCUCUUCCUCCAGAAAAGGACAAGUGGGAAGAAACAGCAAACAAAUCUCGAAUGCGUUACUAUGACGUAGCCGCACAGCUUCUUGCACCUAUUCAAACAGCUCCUUCGCCCGAAUAUCCACUAAAUGCGCGCGAUAAGCUGCUGGACACGAUUGCCAAAGAUGUAGAUCGCACACAGCCUCGUAUUCCGUUUUUCAGACAACCUAUCGACCCCCUCCAAAUAUGGCCUAAACCCGCACCGUCGACCUCUGGCUCGGAGCCUGAGCUUCUCGAACUGGCUAUAGUUCAACGCGUUGUCCGGUUUGGCAACAGCGCUCCGCCGCCCGCCCCACGCACACCCGAAAUCAGGGUCAUGGAAGUGGCGCCCCCAUCCACGAACGAAGAAGACAACGAUGGAACACAUGAUUCAAACACUGAUGAAAAUACCACAAAUACCAAUUCGAAGGAAAACAAUACCAACGCCGACUCUGACGAAGACUCUGACGACAAGCCCUUGGCUUUCAAGGCCGGUGGCCGUUCUUCACUCGGUUUGAGUCUCAACGGACUUUCCCCAAAUGUAUCACCUCGGCCUCCCACACUCCAGCUUAACGGGCAUUCCGAACCUGAUAACGACGACGACGCCAAGACUCAUGCCCAUAUUCUCUUACGGAUUCUAUACGUUUAUUCUCUACUGCACCCACACCAUCCCUACACCCAAGGACUUAACGAACUCCUUGCGCCAUUAUAUUAUGCAGUGUUUGAAGGUAGGUCGGCCAGUUUGCGGUCCUAUGGAUUUGGUGUGAAACACGAAGAAAUGGUCGAGGAAGCGGCGAUCCGGGCUGCAGGAGGGCAGAUCCAUGGACGUAGCCAAGCCUAUCCGCCUGAAGAUGAAGAGGAUGACUCGACACAACAUAUCGAAGCUGACACGUUCUGGCUCUUUGUCGAACUCAUGGGCGAGCUGGGAAGUAUUGUUGGGGAUCCAGGUGACUGGUCUUUACCUCCUGUUGCCUCUGGGAGUGGAGAGGGAUGCGAGACUGUGGGAGGAUAUGGUCAAGAAAUCGCUGGACCCAAAAUUACCCUAUUUCUCGUAGACCUUCCCUUGGCAGCCCUUCUCCCGACCUGGGAUACUCUCUUUGCACAGGACCCGAGCACACCAGAAACCAAUCCCAAAAUCGAAUUCCUCGUCAAUGUGUGUGUUGCGCUCUUGCUAGGUGUUCGCGAUAAGCUUGUCAGGGCCGGGAACAAACGUGGCGGUGUCGGACUAUGGGGCGAAGAAGAGGAAGAGGAUGAUGAUGUCCCUCUAAGCAUGAUUCAACCCCAGCCUCUCAGUCCCAACACGCUGCCAAUGAACGAUGCAUUUGUACAGGGUAUGCUUCUGUUGCAACGCUAUCCUCUCGAAUCAGUUGGGUUGGCGUGGGUGAUCAACAAAGCUUUCGAAUUAGGAGCGAAGCGGGCUGCUGGGUUUGGAAUUAUCGAACAGAAUAAUCCGAAUGGCGCCGGGUGGGGAGCCGGGGCAUGGGACGUAGCUGCUGCUAUGCGCAACCGUGUUGCGGGAUGGAGGUCCGUCUCUGGCGGCUCGGUCCCUGCAUCUAUACCUGGGCCCGAGUCUGAAGACGCAGCACCCGCUGCCUCCGUUCCCGAAGUUCUCGUUUCACCACCACCAGGCGCACCAUCUCUUGCAUCAGUUGGCGGAAAAAUCCGACAGUAUACCGAGACAUUCAAACAGAGCGAUGCGGCAGCGUCCCUGAGCAAAGCAUCAACUAAUUGGAGCCUGGCAGUCAUGUCUGCUUGGAAUCGGAGUGGCGGUACCCAAGAAUCGCAACAACCAUCCGAGGAAGCACCCUCUCCGCCGCCCAAAGAGAGUAGCCGAGGACACGGUAGAAGUGGUAGCUGGGCUGGAUGGGGAGCUAUGGCGAUGGCUGCUGCUAAACAACGCGCCGCCGCUAUAACCAAGGCGCGCCCGGCAGACAUUCCUGAGUCGGUAGCUGAAGAACCCCUCGAGGAGCGGCCAACGCAUAUCAGGACAGAUAGCAGGAAAUGGGAACCUCAGGAUCGAGAGCGUCAACCAGGUGAUAGGAGUCAAUCUCUCAGUCCGACUGCUUUGGCUAAAGUUAUGGCUACGACACAACCUUUUGUUCCUCAACCCCGUGCCACAACGUAUUCUCAUCUGCCAGCUCCGAUGCCUCGAUCUGCACAGGAUCCUCCUUCGGACUAUGAACCGCCUCCGCGCCCCGCGGUAUUCAAGAACCCGAGGGACAGCUGGCUCCCCACACCCAAUAGGUUGGACACUCCUGGUUCGCAGGAAGACGACGCCAACCAUGCACCAGCUCCAAGUCCCAACCAUCGGUUCACAAUGACCUUGCCCGGGUGGAGUGCUAUGCCUCCUCCAGCUUCACCAUCGCACUCAUCUACUGCAAAGAAAACGACCGGUCCCAAGCCUCUACUACUAGGCAAGACGCGCCAGACGACCACCAACACAUCGCGCUUUAGCCGUAUGUCGAGACAAAGCUCUAUUUCGUCUUCAACUGGCAGUCAUCGUGAAUGGGAGCUCAUGACUUCACUUAGCCCACGUUCUGACUCGGGUUCGAUGAUCGGACGCCCAGAUUCUGGGUCAUUUGCAGGGAGGUCAAGAAGGUCUAUGGGAACUGCAUCAAUGCCUGCUAGCGCAGCCGGUUCACUUGCGCCCAGCGAGGACGAAGCUGUUGUUGUUGGACUUGGACUCAGGAAUGCUUCGUCUGACCAAGGCAGUCCACCACUUAUUGUCCCGCGUGAACGACCGACCUCUAGAGAAUUAAAGAGGACCAGCUCUCCAUUGAGUCUAAGUGUCGGAACAGGCUCCGACUCGCCCAAAAGUUGGCAACUUGCCGAUGGGCCAGUCACUGCUGAGCCUGCGCCCGUACGCAAAUGGGAACUAACGGACGGUCCUGUGGAACCCAAAGCCAAGGCAGAGACUCUGCCUGCACAGCUGGACCCUGAAACUAUCGCUCGUUCAAUAGUGCACAGAUACGAAUUGACUGACGGCCCCGCUCCAAACAAAACGCUCAGCCUAGGAGUGGCGUCUAUCAUGCAUGAAUCUCCGGCUGAAUCACCUGUUGUUCCUCCCGCGCCGCGUAAAUGGGAGCUAUCAGAUAAUCCUGUACCACGUAUUCAGCCCCAAGCCCCAGCCCUCACAGCCGAUUCAGAUGCCGCCGACUCCCCAAUUUUGGCACCCGGUGAAACUCGCAAAGGCUGGCCUAAACGCUCGUCCUCUAAUCGCCCCGCAAACUUGAACAUCCGUACCAAGAGUCGACCGCUGAGUACUGCAACCAUCACCCCCUCUGGAGACAGCUUGCACACCCCACUACCAGAGAAGGAUUUAGUCACUCCCACCUCGGCUACCAGUAUACCUUACUUGGGCUCCCCUUCACCAGGAGCGACCGAAACACCAUUGCCUCAAACUGAAGAACGCACCCCUCGGCGGAAAAAGCAAACCCAGACAGAGCGAAAAACCAAAGCCGGAAAAGGUGCACGUACUCCCGAGGUGAUGAGCGAAGAGGAUGGCGUGAAAGCAGAUGCUGAGGAUGGGGAGGAUUUUGACGAGUUUUUGAGCUCGUAUGAGACUGAGACGGAUGAUCCCGCUGGGCAGGCCCGAUGA